GAGAGGUGCGCGGCGCGCAGCCGGCUGCUGCGGAGAAACCGAGAGCGAGUCCCGAGAACCAGGUCGUCAGCCCUGCAGGAAUGGCCGACUUUGGGAUCUCAGCUGGCCAGGUGGUGGCCGUGGUCUGGGAUAAGUCCUCCCCGGUGGGGGCGCUGAAAGAUCUGGUGGAAAAGCUGCAGGCGUUAACUGGCAGUGAGGGCCGAGUGUCUGUGGAAAACAUCGACCAGCUGUUGCAAUCCGCCCACCAAGAAUCUAGCUUUGAUGUUAUUUUAUCGGGUUUGGUUCCUGGAAGCACCACGCUGCACAGUGCUGAGAUUUUGGCCGAGAUGGCCCGGAUCCUUCGACCUGGUGGAUGUCUCUUUCUGAAAGAGCCAGUGGAGACGGCUGUAGUUAACAAUAGCAAAGUGAAGACGGCAUCUAAACUGUGUUCGGCCCUGACUCUUUCUGGUCUUGUGGAAGUAAAAGAGCUGCAGCGGGAGGCCUUGAGCCCCGAGGAGAAACAGUCUGCCCAGGGACACCUGGGGCACCAGAGUGACAGCCUGCUCUCCGUGCAAAUCACAGGCAGAAAACCCAACUUUGAAGUGGGUUCUUCCAGUCAGCUGAAGCUUUCUGUGGCCAAGAAGCCGCCUCCUUCGGUGAAGCCUGCUGUGGACCCUGCAGCUGUCAAACUCUGGACCCUCUCAGCCAACGACAUGGAGGAUGAGAGCACGGAUCUCAUCGACUCAGACGAGCUGCUGGAUCCAGAAGAUUUGAAGAAGCCAGAUCCAGCCUCCCUGCGGGCUCCGGCAUGUGGAGAAGGCAAAAAGAGGAAGGCCUGCAAGAACUGCACCUGUGGCCUUGCCGAAGAGCUGGAGAAAGAGAAGUCCAGAGAACAGAUGAGCUCCCAACCCAAGUCGGCUUGCGGAAACUGCUACCUGGGAGACGCUUUCCGCUGUGCCAGCUGCCCCUACCUCGGGAUGCCAGCCUUCAAGCCCGGGGAACAGGUGCUCCUGAGUGACAGCAAUCUCCACGACGCCUAGGCGGGGCCCAGCCCGGGCCGCGGCUGCUCCUGCACCUUGGGCCCCAGCGCUGCGGUUGCUCGGACUCUGUUGGAGCCCCACGUGCAGGGAGGGUGCCUGGUGGGCAGAGCGAGGCUGGCCGUGGGGGCGGGGCUGUAGAGCGCUGCUGUGGGUCUAAAGGCCAAGGUGUCCUGGGCGGCCGCCCGCCUCACCUAGUGUUAGGGAAGCAGACGCACGCUGAGGAGGCCCCUCCCCCGGUGUCAGUGUGCUGCCGUGACACUCCAUGCGCAGACGCCUCGCCUCGGGUACUAAUUAACACUCUGUGGCUGAGGGCCCUGCCCCUCCUCUGCGCUCAGCGAGGGCCACUGCCGGUCUCCUGGAGCGGGUGGUUCACGCAGCACGCUGCUCCUGGGGAUGGGAGUCACGUGUCUUGUGACCUCGAGGCACCAGUGACGUCCUGGGUGGCUGCGCUCACAGCCAGAGGCCCUGUGCCCCUCCACCCGAGCCCUGUGGUAGUGUUUUGCCCCGUGUCCUGUUAACCUGCAGUUACUAUUAAACUUGUGCUCCUCCACGCACCGGUUGUGAUGAGGGCGUAUGUGUGUGGGGACGUCUGACAGCCAUCCAAGCUCCGCUUGGAGCACAGGACUUUAUUUUUUUGGAGACUUAGUGUCACACACAGUUGGCCACCCCCCCCCCACCCCACACACACCUAGGGACUGGGGCCUCCAUCUUUACAAGAGUCCAGGUUGAUGAGAAUUUAGGGGCAGUGGGACAGAAAUCGGAACCCAUGGUAAAACUCCCUGAGCAGGAGGCCCUUCGUUCUGGUCGUCCGCCCACACAGACUGGGACUGGAUCUUGCCAAAUAGUGGGGAGAUUGUGUGGAUUCAGGACGCCUGGAUUUUUAUGCCUUACUGAUAAAUAAAAGUGUUCUUUGACAUUAGUCCUUGAAA